AUGAGUGAUGUUCAAGUGUUUGACCAAACAGACUUGGAAAACUCAAUCACCAACAAGGCCAACAAGCUACUUUUAAUAAAGGAUAUCGAGCAAGAUGAGAAAAGACUAGAAAAGGCCAUCAAGACCCUUAACGUGACUGUUAAACACAUCAACCAGCUCAAUACCAAACUAUCUCAUCCUCGUACGAAGAUCAGUGAGAAGAAGAAAAUCAAAGAUGAGAUACAGUGGCUUGAGGAGAACGAGCUUCACGUUAAGCAGCAGGAUGUGCAAGAUAUCAAAUCGCGUAUAAGUCUGAACAAAAGGGCACUUGAAGAAUCGAAGGAGAACAACAAUGAGCAAGAGAGCGGAGGAGGGAGGCUCCCGGAUGAAAGUGAGCGUGACUAUUUGGUCAGAAUUGGUAAAAUCACGGCAUUUGGUAACGAAAACGCGUUUCAACUGGCUGACGCCGAUGAGAGCCAAAGUCAUGUCUUUUUGCGAAGACCGGGGUUUGAGCAGGAUGUAGAGAUACUAGAGAGCUCUUCGUUUGGCGAGGCGAAAGAAGACAAUCAAGCAUCGGUUGACAAUCAAAAUUGGGAAGAGUUGGAGGUUUCAAGUGGCAAGCAAGCCCCAGAUGACGACUAUGUAUAUGACGAGCAACUCGCAGAGGAGGAGGAAAUGGCAGAUCAGAAGGAUGACGAAGAAGAGGAAAUUGAAGAGGAGCUGGUGGAAGAUGAAGAGAUUCGAAACAUUGAUGAUGGUAACGAGUCGUACUAUAAAAAGAGACUAUCAAAUUGGGUCAAGAAGAGGUCCUCGUUGAGAAAAGUGGACGAUAGCACUGACAACAAAGAAUGGUUCAAACCGCAUCCGACAAUACCUGAUUCGAAACUUAAUGAAUCUUUCAAAUUACCAGGUGAUAUAUAUCCAUCUUUGUUUGACUAUCAGAAAACAUGCGUUCAAUGGCUCUGGGAAUUGUACUCGCAGAAAACUGGCGGUAUAAUUGGUGAUGAAAUGGGACUUGGAAAAACCAUCCAAAUCAUUUCAUUUUUAGCUGGAUUGCAUUACUCUGGACUUUUAGACAAGCCUGUUUUGGUUGUGGUUCCUGCGACUGUGAUGAACCAAUGGGUAAAUGAAUUUCAUAGGUGGUGGCCGCCACUCCGGUGUGUUAUACUACACAGCAUUGGAUCAGGGAUGGGGGGUGAUGCAAAGGUUAGUGAAGCGAAAAUGGAGGAAUAUUUGGAAUCUUGGGAUCCCCAAACUUCGCAAAAGUCGUUAAAGGGGAUUAAAACUCAAAUCAAUGCUCAACAGAUAGUAGAUACUGUUGUUUCAAAGGGUCAUGUUUUGAUAACCACGUACGUUGGUCUCCGAAUUUACUCCAAGUAUAUUUUGCCGCAAGAAUGGGGGUACUGUGUUUUGGAUGAAGGUCAUAAAAUUCGAAACCCAGACUCGGAUAUCUCGCUCACAUGCAAGCAAGUCAAAACUGUCAAUAGAAUCAUAUUGUCGGGAACUCCAAUUCAAAAUAAUCUAACCGAGUUGUGGUCUUUGUUUGAUUUUGUUUUCCCGGGUAGGCUCGGCACGCUACCUGUGUUUCAGCAACAGUUUUCAGUUCCGAUUAACGUAGGCGGUUACGCAAACUCAAACAACCUUCAAGUGAAAACCGCUUAUAAAUGUGCUGUUGUUCUUCGAGACUUGAUCUCCCCUUAUUUGCUCAGACGAUUGAAGAAUGAUGUUGCUAAAGACUUGCCAAAAAAGAGUGAAAUGGUACUUUUUGUGAAGUUAACAAGGGUACAACAAGACUUGUAUGAGAAAUUUCUCGACAGCGAGGACUUGAAUUCGAUCCUCAAGGGGAAACGAAACGUGCUUAUGGGGGUUGAUACGUUGAGGAAAAUCUGCAAUCAUCCCGAUUUGAUAUACAGGGAAGCAUUAAUGCACAAGGCAAACUAUGGUGAUUCUCGAAAGUCAGGUAAGAUGCAAGUUUUGAAAAAUCUUUUACAACUAUGGCAAAGUGAAGGACACAAGACUUUGCUCUUUUGUCAAACUCGACAAAUGCUCGAUAUUUUGGAGAAAUUUGUGGCUAAUUUGCCAUUGCUCAAUGACGGACCAAGACAUUUUACAUUCCUUCGAAUGGAUGGUUCCACCGCAAUAUCCAAAAGACAAGACUUGGUUGAUGAAUUUAAUAAUGACCCCAAUAUUCAUGUCUUUUUGCUCACCACCAAGGUGGGUGGUUUGGGAGUUAAUUUGACUGGUGCUGAUCGAGUUAUCAUUUACGAUCCUGAUUGGAACCCAUCGACUGAUAUACAGGCUAGAGAACGUGCUUGGAGAUUGGGUCAGAAGAAGGAUAUAACUAUAUACAGAUUAAUGACAACUGGUUCGAUUGAGGAAAAGAUUUACCAUCGACAGAUUUUCAAAACCUUUUUGCAAAAUAAAAUAUUGAAAGACCCCAAGCAAAGGCGGUUCUUCAAGAACAACGAUUUGCACGAUUUGUUCACUUUGGGGGAUCAAGACGAAAAAGGGACAGAGACCGGAGAUAUGUUUCGUGCCAAGAGUGAGCAAAAGUAUAGAGGUACAAAGCUGAGGAAAUCGUCAUCGUUGACAAGAAAAAGACACGAAAAUGAUGAUGACUAUGGUCAAGUUGCCAAAAUAUCUGGUGUGUCGGGAUUGAAUGAGUAUGAAGAGGGAGAAGAGCAUAGGCCAGAGAGUAGUAACGAUGAAAGCCGAAUCAUGGCGGGUAUAUUUGCUCAGAGUGGAGUCGUCCAUAGUGCAUUGAAACAUGAUGAUAUCAUCAAUUACAAUGACGAAGAAGCCAGGUUUGCUGAGCAAGAAGCUGAAAAGUAUGUGAGUGAGGCAACUGAAGCGCUUCGUCGAUCAAGGAAACUAGCUAGAAGAAAACCAGUAGGUACCCCAACUUGGACAGGGAAAUUCGGAAGCGCCGGUAAAUUGAAAGGUACUUUUGGUGUCAAGAAGAGAAAAGUCGGCGAGGGAGACUCAUCCUCGAUUUUGGAGAAUUUGAGAAGGAGAGCUAAAGACUGA